AUCAUCUGUUUUGCUUACCUUCUUUAAAACAUUAGCUAUCGCUUCGCCAUAGUAGCAAUGCAAGAUCCAACUUGCGGUAUUUUUGAUGAUGUUGAUAUUGAAGAUCUGAUCUCGGCGGACGACCCACCGCCUUUACCGCGCGAGAGGAACGAAGUGAAAGGAGUGACGGUGCGAGCAAAACGCGCCAAAGCAAGCAGAGCCAAACGUGUCGAAGAGCAAAUCGCCCCAGAAAAGCCGGUGGCCCUAGACAGCGUAAUACCGGAAACGCAGACCAUCUACAUGAAGACGUGGGGUUGCGCUCACAACACCUCAGACUCCGAGUAUAUGGCGGGACAGCUGGCAAAAUACGGAUACAAUCUGACGACAUCUAAACACAAUGCCGACCUGUGGGUGCUAAACAGCUGCACGGUGAAGAAUCCUUCCGAAGACACGUUUCGCAACGAAAUCGAAGCGGCUCAUCGAGCCGGAAAACAUGUAGUGGUAGCCGGCUGUGUGCCACAAGCGGCCCCACGUUCCGACUACCUGCGCGGCCUGAGUGUUGUCGGCGUGCAACAAAUCGAUCGCGUGGCCGAAGUGGUGGAGGAGACACUAAAAGGGCACUCUGUCAGAUUGUUGCAGGCCAAGAAGGUGAAUGGACGUAAGGUGGCGGGUCCCAACCUGGCCCUGCCUAAAGUACGCAAAAAUCAAUUCAUCGAGGUUAUUCCGAUAAAUUCCGGCUGCCUAAACGCGUGCACGUACUGCAAAACUAAAUUUGCCCGUGCCGAUUUGGUCAGCUAUCCGGUGCAAGAGAUCGUAGAUCGUGCAGUGCAGGUGUUUCAAGACGGUGUGUGUGAAAUAUGGCUAACAUCAGAGGAUACGGGUACCUACGGGCGCGACAUCGGUUCUUCAUUGCCGGAAUUGCUUCAUAAACUGGUUGAGGUCAUCCCCGAAGGUUGCAUGAUGCGCCUUGGGAUGACCAAUCCCCCAUACAUUCUGGAGCAUCUAGAGGAAAUGGCCAAGGUUCUGUCGCAUCCGCGUGUCUAUAGUUUUCUUCACAUCCCGGUCCAAAGCGGAUCCGAUGCCAUUCUCGCUGACAUGAAGCGCGAGUACUGUGUGCGGGAUUUCGAGCGCGUGGUCGAUUUUCUGCGCGAAAAGGUGCCCGGUAUCUCGAUCGCUACGGAUAUCAUUUGCGGGUUUCCGGGCGAAACGGAAACCGACUUCGACGGCACCAUGUCGCUGUGCCAAAAGUAUCAGUUCCCGAGUCUCUUCAUAAAUCAAUUUUACCCUCGCCCAGGAACGCCCGCCGCAAACAUGGAGCGCGUACCAGCGAAUGAGGUGAAGACGCGUACCAAACGGUUGACCGAACUAUUCCGGUCCUACGAACCGUAUAGAAAGUACAGCGUUGGCACGAAGCAGUCGGUGCUCGUUACGGAAAUAUCGCACGAUCAAAAGUUCUACGUCGGCCACAACAAGUACUACGAGCAGGUACUACUGAACAAGCACCACAACAAUCUGCUCGGAAAGCGCGUUGAGGUCGAAAUAACUGGAUGUACGAAAUUUAGCAUGUUUGGAACAGUUAUCCAAAGCGAACAGGAGUGGCAAAGUUGCAGCAAACUCACAACAGUCGUCGCCAAUGGACAGCCCGCGUCCCUCGCAGCCGGCCAAAGCUCUUCGAAAUAUUUCUUCUCAAUAUUUCCAUACUUCUUCUUCUCGUGCAUUGUGGCAAUGCUGUGCAAAUAUGUUUACAUGUCCUACAGCGUUUCCAGUUAGGCUGGAAUAUCAAUUGCCCUUUUCUUUCUUGUGCCUGCAGUUUCCGGCAUGCAAAGAUGGUAAAAGUUACAUCAUUUUAUUUUUGGAGAGACCCAAACGGGUUUAAUCGAUCGUCAUGAAACCAUCAGCAUUGGACAAAUAAACAUUUUCCUUUUUGGAGUUGGCGGCCACUACGAACUGUGGCCCGACGAGACAGUUCUUUAGCACGGAUCCACUUUUAAUGAGCGCCUUUUCGCCGAUGAUGCAAUUAUCAAUCACGACACUAUCGGUAAGAAAAAAGAGAAUCAUUGAGGCAAACGUAAGGGCCAUUAUUUUGCUCAGUAAUGCGCAUUAUAAAGCAUACUUCUCUUCCACGGUGACACCGUCCAUGAGGACACUGUUGCUGAUGCGUGUUUUUGUUUGCACCGUGCAGCCGUUUGCGAUGACGUUAGUAUUCAGUGAUGUUUUCUCGCUAAUCACUGUCGAAUCACCCACUACACACUUGUUGAUUUGCGUAGAUUUAUUGUCGGCAGUAGAGGAAAUCAGCUCGAGUUCUGUUAAACCAGUGAGCGCGGGAAAAUGAUCGAAAAUCUGUGUCGGAAAUAAAAAGGC